AUGCUGGUGAAGCAACUAAUAAAGCGAGGACUAGUUAAAACUCAUCCCAUAGUCAAACGUGUAUCAACUCGACUGCUUCUCCUCCUAUUGAAAGUGGUGAAGUAUAUUCAUUUUUUGGUCACCAAGUUGGCUUUGGCAAUACUGAAUGACAGAACUUGGAAACAAUUUGGAAUCGACUUUGGUAUCGACUUUGUUUUUGUCAUGGUGUGCGUGUUGGUAGCUUCGUCGAUCAAUUAUAUUCCAAGACCAGACCAGAUCUUUUACAAGUUUUUGUACCGUUUUGAUACCUAUUUCUUUGACAUUGGGAAACUGCCUAUUGGAUCCAUUACUGGAGUACUACUCACUUGCCUCGGUGCAUAUAUCCUUAAUUACUUUUACUACAACAAUGAGGAGGAUGGGUCUUUUGAAAGUUCGAUGUUGCCACAGCCAAACUAUGGCUUCAAGUUGAAACCAUUACAAGUAUCAUCAGUCUUGAUGCAAAGUGGAAACAGUGGCAUGGCUUCCUCCACAGCUAGCUCAAGACCAUCUAUUUCAACUGCGGGGUCAUCAACCCUAUCACCUACGAGCGACCUAAAUAAUUUUACAGAGGAGGAGGAGUUGUUUGAAUUAAAUGCGACAUCGGCCGACUCUGAAUACUACCAUUUCAAACCACUACAAACUGAAGCAACAACCGAGGAGUUCAUAAACAAAUGGUGGAGAAAAAUUCCAGUAAUUUUGCUUUGCUCGGCAUGGAUUGUUCUUAAUAUAUUGUUUGCAUUUAAGCAACCAGUUUAUAAGACCAAAAAUAUCAUUGCUUGGGUAUUCCACGUCCCAGUUCAUUUCAUUGUACCUCCUAUGAUUGGCACAUGGCUCUAUAUAUGGCAUGCUCCCGGUGCCGUGAGACUCUUUACAUUUUGUAUGGGUCUUCAAAACAUGGCUUUGCUAUUCACUUACUUGGUCUUCCCUAAUGCUCCGCCAACAUUUAUAAAGUUGUACGGCGACAACAAAGUCCCCACAUUUGACAUGAUUUAUAGCGAUGGCCAAGCAUCGCAAGACAAAAAGUUUUCAAUCUUUUACCACAGGGCUGUAUACUACGCCACUCCCCUCAAAUUUGCCUCAUUCCCGUCUUUACAUUCUGCUUUUGCAUGCUUGAUUUGUUUCUUUGUAUGUCACUACUCUAGGUGGUCAAGUUUCAAGUUGUUGGGUGUCAUUAAUGUACUUGGCCAGUGGUGGGCAGACUUGUACUUUGACCAUCACUGGAGAGUUGAUAAUUUAGGUGGAUUGAUCUACGCUAUAGUGACGUGGACAUUAUUGAAGAACUGGCACCAUGGCUUAGCUGAUGUUGACACAAGGUUUACAAAAGCAAGAGUGCAAGGGGAUUAUGUCAAUGGCAGUACAAUGGGCAUGCGACUAUUUCGUAAUACUAAAUUACAAAACUUGUUUGAUCCUUUAUCUUAG